GUGCUGGCUGAAAGAUGUUAUAGCGCUGCAGCAUAUUUGUUCAGAUCAGACCCGGUGAAGCCGGGAGCUGAACCUCGCAGAAACUCAAACCUUAAGUUUUUCCUUACCGUUGUGUCAAAAUGAUCAUUCUUGAGACUCUUAACAAUAAAGAGGCGUUGUUAGGCAUAGGGAACUCAGUUGCCAUGCAUAGAAACUAGCGCGAGGAACGAUGCAACAGUCGACUCGUUCGCCUACGUGCGCCUGGCCGGGGCCUGGCAGCUCACAUUCAAGGCUUCUCCUCGUGCUGCUGGUCGCACUCCUGGGAGGCGAUGCCUUCAUCCCGGGCGGCUCUCGACUCGACGGCAGCCCACGCCUCGGCGUCGCCGCGCACGCCUUGGGCCGCGCCGACGGGACCGCGGCGAAGGACCCGCACGUUGCCAACCUGGGUGACUGUCCGUCCUUGCGCAUCGCCGUCGUCAAUGGCGUGCCGUACCACUAUGAGGUUCUGGCGGGUCUGCUUCACGUGCUGCGGCCGUACGCGGACCGCACCGACGUCUUCCUCAACCCCUACACGCGAUCCUCCAGCUCCGACGGCGCGUGGGAGAUCCUGCGCUGGUCCAAGGCGCGCUUCGUGAUGCUGACGCGCAGCGCGCUUGCAUCGCUCGCAAAGAAGAAGCCGGAGUAUGACCUGGUAAUCUUGGUCAGUCCCGACUACGAGCUAGACGCCAACGCCGCGCUGCUGCGAUACGUCCAGCGGCGCCUGACGGUUGCGUUCGUACACAACAGCGAUUUCAACCAGACGCAGCGCCUUAUUGAGGUCGCGGCCGGCACCGCCGACGAGCUGCGCCUCAACUCCAGCAGGGCCAGCAGCGCGCUGGUGGACCAGGGCAGCAGCGUCGUGCGCGUGGGCAGCCGCGGGGCGCUGGAGCACACGGCCGCGGGGAAUCUGGUUGCUUCGGAUGUGCGGCUGGUGACACUGUCGCCGCACACAGCGGCGUCACUGGCGGAGGCGACGGGCCGGCCGACGGAAUGGAUCCUGGCGGUGUACCCGUUCCAGCCGCGCACCGACUGCCUGCAGGCCACGGAGGUGGACCUGCUGGGGCGCUGCCUCAAGGGCUUCGGCAUGCAGGGCAAGUUCUCCAAUCUGCGCCGCAACUACAGCUCCAUCUGGCGACAGCUCCAGGGGCGCCGUGCCGAGCUCACCACGGGGCCCGCGGCGCCACUGUUCGGCAUCCGCCUGCUGGGCAAGGGCCAGGGCGACCGGCUGGGCAUACCGCCAGAGCUGGAGCCGCACGUCACCCUGCUGCGCCGCCUCCACUUCCGCACCUUCUACGAGGCCAUCCACCACACCUUUGCGCUCAUCCCCGCGCUCGCCAGCAACAAGUACUACUCCCACAAGUUCUCGUCGACCAUCUUGUCGAGUCUGAUCUCUGGCACGCCCAUGAUCGCGGACCGGCGCUUCCUUUCGGCCUACGGCAUGUUCAAUGAGAGCGAGGUGUACCUGCAGCGGGAGGGGGAGCAGGAGGUGGACGUCAUGCUUCGCGUGCUGCGCACGCCGGCGGAGCAGCUGCUCGCCGUGCGGCGCGCGCUGCUGGACCUGCGGGCGCGGCUGAACGUGCGGGCGCGGCUGUUCCUGAAGGAGGAGCUGGAGGCGCUGUGUGCCGGGAGUGUGGGGUGGCGGGACAGGGUCAAUGCGGGGAAGGGCGCGGCGGCCGGCGAGGCGGGGCGAGGCGGGUGAGAAACGCCAUGCCUGGUAACUUCGGCUGUGCUGGCAGAUGAGGCAGUGAUGUGCAUACGCAGAGGCAGGAGUGGGCAAUGAACGGGGCGGGCAACAACACCGAAGUUCACUGCUGGUUUCCGCACGAGUACCGUAUAGCGAGUAGGGGAAACCUGGGUUUCCUGCGCACCGUAACGCAUUCGGCAGCCGCCCCCUACCGUGUAAGAAGACGUGCGUUCUCUGUUUGCAGGUAUCCUUAUGAGCGAGUUGGUAAUGGAUUUGGCACGUUUGAGAGGCAAUGCGAACUU